AGAUGUAUAGACUGAGUCUCGCUCCUUGACAACUCAUCGGCAGUGCUCUGGCACUUAACACAAUUGUCUUUCUCAAGACAAUCUGCUGGGCGCGUACUCCUGGUGAUGGCAGAGAGCGACUGGAUAUAUUCACUGUGUGGUUCUGGCAGCGGGGGAAUAUAACACAACCAGUCACCUUGACGACGGUUCCAUUCACUCGACAUCACUGAGGCCCGGCUAACACAACCACAACUUCACAUUUCGUGGUUGUCUCUGAAGCCGUAAACUACACAGCACGUGACAUCACGAAGACCUACCGCAACCAUGAGUCUGAGCAGAAAGGCUCCCAGUGCCUACGGAGGCGGCUACAGUGACGCUCUCAGAGAGCGGAUCAACAACACCAUCAUCCCGGAGAAAGUCAAAUGUGCCAGCUGCAAGAAGUACCGUACUGUGGCCUCUUACUCCAAGCGCCAGCAGGAAAUCAUUCGCCAUGCCAUCGUGCUUCAGGGCAAGCGAGCCGCUGACGGCGGAUGCGAGGCCCGCUGUCGCCAAUGCAUUGGUGGAUGCAUCGUCGAGCUCAAAUGUUCUAUCUGCGACAAGACCAAGACUCUGGAUCAUUUUGCGAAGAACCAGCGUGGAGAUCGUGACACCGCGAGAUGCCUGAACUGUGUUCAGAACGCCCUGGAGGUGGAUCCAAUGCCAGAAAGACAGCGGCAGUUCUCAGGCAACCUUACGGCUACGGCCAGCGGCACUUCAACUAGCCAGGGUGGAGUGACUGCUUUGACUCAAUCCGCCAAGAAGAUGAACAUCGCUGACAACCACUCCUUCGAUGACGGUGCCGAUGACGAGAAUGCUGGCGGCGAGGACGGGGCCCGCAAGAACGAUCGCGAGUACGCGGGACACGGCCCUGAUGGCCAGAAGUUUCAGGUUGCCACUCUGGACAAGAAAGUUCCGGAGACCCGUUAUGAAGAUUAUUUCAACAACGAGCCUGAGAAACUCCAGCCCGACAAACCCGAUGGCAAAUGGGCCAAGAUCCCUGGCAGACGCAUUCCUAAGGGCAAGGAGCCUUCCAUGCGUGUUCCCGAGCCUAACGACGAUAUCGUCGCCUCGGACGAGGAUGAAGACGAAGAAGAUCUCGAGAAUUGGCUGUAAGCGGGCCACGCGCCGGUACACAGGUGCACUCCAGGUACAACCAGGGGUACAUAUACAGACCCAGGGGAAAGCUUCUUGAUCGUUCUACUAACGUCUUUCUCUCUUUCGUUCUCUGUUUACAUGUUGCCUCUGCCUCUUGUUUUUUUUUUUUUUUUUUU